AUGACUACCGAAAAGUUCCAGAAUGGCAAUGACCUCGAAGGGGGUCAGUUGAAUGCCAUUGAGAGUGUCCGCUCCGCUGCAAACAUCACAAUGAGCUCCGAACUAUUCGAGAAACUCUACCUCUCUCCCCCCAACGCCGUCAAGGGAGAUCUCAGAAACACAUUUGGAAAUCCCACUCCAAUGGGACUUAUUGGAUUCCUGCUCUCUCUUAUGCCUUUCUCCUGCGACCUCAUGGGCUGGCGAGGGGCUGGCGGCUUCGGCGCAGCAACGAUUCCUGUUUACUUCUUCAUGGGUGGCUUUCUCAUGGUGCUCAGCGGAAUCCUUGAGUGGGUUCUCGGUAACAGCUUUCCCUCCAUCGUCUUUUGCAGUCUUGGUUGCUUUUGGCUUUCCUUCGGUGGCAUCCUCAACCCUUCAUUCGGUGCAUUCUCCUUUUACGCACCUGCCGAUGCCAAAUCAUCCGUAGAAGGCUUGGCCACUCGGGGCUUCAACGCCAGCCUAGGUUUCUGGCUCUUGGCCAUGGGCAUUCUAGCUAUAGUCUAUCUCGUCUGCGCUCUGAGAACCAAUGUUGUCUUUGUCAUCAUCUUUGCGACGCUGGUGCCCGCCCUAUUCCUCUUGACUGGAGCCUUUUGGGUCUGGGCCGAGGACUAUGCAGGCAAUACGAAGCUCGCUCAGCGCCUAUGCGAGGCCGCGGGCGCAUGUCUAUUCGUGACUUGCUUUGCCGGUUGGUAUAUCCUCGUCGCUAUGAUGUUUGCCAUCUUGGACUUUCCGGUUCAGCUUCCGAUUGGAGACUUGUCGACUGUUGUUGUUAGGGGUAGGAGGUCAAAGGCGAACCGGGGUUAA